AUGGCCAGAUUCUUUCUUCUCUGUUGCUUCUUCGCGACGGCGCUGACGUCAUCCCUGACGGAAGCCGGCGACAACAAUGGAGUCUACUCGCCGUGUUCAGAUUCCACCGUGGCGAUCGGAGAUGGAUUCACUUUCGGCAUUGCCUUCGCGUCGAAAGAGACUCUCCUUGGUAACAAUCGUACGGUUCAGUACUCUCCCUGCGAUCGUCGCCACCUCUCGCUCAACGGAAACUCCGAGCUCGCCGUAUUCAGACCUAAAGUCGACGAGAUCACCCUCCUUACCAUCAAUACCUCCUCCAGUUCCUCCAGUUUCCGCCCGGAUGCUUCAAAGGGACAUAUGGUAGCAUUCGCUGGUGCAAAAUACGCCGCAAGAUCACUCCCAAUUAUGGUUGCAGACAGCAAUCACAUCGUCACAAGCUUCACCCUUGUUCUUGAGUUCCAGAAGGGCAGGCUUGAGAACUUAUUCUGGAAGAAAGACGGAUGCGCCAAAUGUUCAGGAGAUGCGAAGUUCGUGUGCCUAAGCACAGGAGAAUGUGCGAUCAAAACGCAAAACUGCAAGAACCAAGGAGGACAGGUGGACUGCAGCUUGGGGAUCCAGUUGGCGUUUUCAGGAACAGAUAAGCACUACACUGCUUUGAAUUCGUGGUAUGAGGUUGCAAAUCUGAAGCAGUACUCGCUCUAUGGCCUCUACUCCAAUCUAAAAGACUCACUAAGCAGCCAGUUCAGUAACAUCUUCUGA